UUUUUUUUGUGACGCCUUUUGAAAUUUACGAAAGUGCACGUGUGCAAUUAUCGUUGGACUUUGGACAUUAACUUUUCGCACCGACAUGGACAUCAAGAUCUUCAUAUUUUAUAUGAUCCUGUGGAUUGCCGAAUUAUUGGCCCAACCCAUUAUUCCGGAGGAUGAUAUCGAGCCCUACCAAUGCCCCCCCGACCAUAAUGACUGGCCCACCUACAAUGACGGCUUCUCGUGCAUUCCCUGUCAGGAGCCCCAUUGUCCGAUAUUCGUGAUGGGCGAGGGAGUGGACACCAAUGGAUGCCCCGUCUUUGAGUGCUUGGAGGAGGCACCCGUUUGCAAAGACAAUACCACAUCCGCCAAGUACUAUCUGGACAGGUGUACGUUGUGCGAUGCGUGCUCCGAACUACAACACUGUGUGGAGUACUGCCUGGUAGAGCCCAGGGACUGUUGGUCCAAUAUAUCCAAAGAACUGAAAACCGAAGGCGACUCCUGGACGGAGGAGCACGGCUGCAGAGAAUGCAACUGCAGAGAGGGGAAUAUCUCCUGCACCCAGUACUGGUGCAAGCCCCUAGAUUGUAAACCAGAGGAGUAUAUCCAUCACGAUAACGAAUGCUGUCCAACUUGCCCAGAGAAGGAGGCAGACAUUUCCAGCGAAGCACCGAAAGAGGUGUCUACAGAAAGCUCCUCCACUAGCCCUAUUUUGGAUUUCACUGAAGGCUUCAGUGAAAGCACAGAAUUCACGGAUUCGACACCCAACCCUGUGAAGAGCUACACAGAUGAUAGCACCACAGCCAUGGCCAGCAGCUCUGAAUACUUCAGCGAAACUUCUACGGAUUCAACAACCUUCUUUGAUCUUCAGAGCUCGACCGACUCAACCACAUUCAGUAAUCUCGAUUCGUCAACAACGGAUCAGAUUUCCGAAGAGCCAGAUAUCUUCAGUUCGAGCACCGAGCAGACCACUGACAAGGAUGAGCUAUCCACUGAAACUGUGGCAAGCACGGUGCGUUCUCCGGUUGUAACAGACACACCGUACAUUCCGGAACUACCACCAGUUAUAAACCAGACGAAGGAGGGUGGCGAUUCGGAACCAACUCGCAGAGCCACCAAAAACGAUGCCAUUGAAGAGUCCCAGACACAGGACAACUUCAAUUUCUUCUAUAUGAUUUUAAUAUUUAUUCCAUUAGUCUGCAUAGUGAUUUGGAUAGUGCUCAUAGUGAUCAAAGGGAUAAAAGACAAAAGCGAUAAAGUCGAAUACAAACCAACCUCAACUCAGCCCCAGGAGGAUGGCCCGGAGGAGGUCUACCCGUUCUUGACCAUCUUGAAGGGGGAAAAUAUUCACAAAGAGACGACACGGGUCUAAAACGGUUCCUUCAGUUGUGCUCCAAUUUCUGUUAUCCUUUGGGUUACAGGACUUCCGAAUAGAAGGAUAGCUGAACCGUAUACUUUACUAAUAUUACGACUAAUUUUAUUAAGGAGCCCCGCCAAGUGACGUAUUUGAAACGGACUUUACCUGCUGAGUCUGGAAAGAGUUGGGAACAUCUAUCUAUAGAAUAUUCAUACAUCGCAGAUCAUAGAGGGAAGGAGGCGUUUGUGGCACUAUAUGGAUAUACACGGACAGCGGGGCAUCUUAACGAAAGAAAGUGAUUUUUGAUCUUGACAUACCUUUUGAUCUUCCCCUCUGCUAGAGAAAUGUAUACCAAAUUCGUAAAUUAAGUUUGCAUUUUAAUUAUUUUAGAAAUUGGAUAAGCUAGGCAAUAAUCAAGACUAAUGAAUCCUAUUGGGAUCUUGUGAUAGUUUCAAAUAGUAAAUGGACGAAAAUUUAAAGAGUAUUACUAGGAACCACUGUAGUUGAUUGUGAAACAAACAAGCACUCUCUCACUCAUUCUCGAUAAAACAUUCAGACGCACCUUUUAACUUCCAAGGAAACUCAUUCCUUUGUUAUCAUCUUAAUAUUACGAUUAUACUUUAGCCGCUGAAUAAAGAAAAAAAUAAACAUAAAAAACCAAAGUUAAUCGAA